AUGUCUAUUAGAUCCAAAAUGAAUGUUGUUUGCGAAAUAUUGGAAAGAUCUGCUUCUGCUUCAAAUUCACUAAGAUCAAGCACAUCAUUGUUCUAUGCAACAACGAAGCGACCUGAACCGAUUCAAAUCAGAAGAACUGAAUCAAUUCCACAUCUACGCAAAAAUGACACAUCUGAAGAACAAAGAUCACCUGUAUCAGUAAAAACAACAUCAUCAGAAGUCAGAGGAGAAGGUGACAGUACUUUGCUUAGUCCUGCAAGCGCUAGUGGUAAUGGUUACGGUUCUGCUGGUGGUGGCGGAGCCAUUAGUGUAAUGAGUGAUAAUUAUAGUGAUGGUGCUAGUCUUAUUGACAGUAUCAUUGAUAAUGCUGAUUACGACAAUCCUGAUGUUAGUGAAGGCGGUGUUUAUCUUAAUGAUCCUAAUCAAUAUAAUAGCAAUACUGCAGCAACGUCAUUUACAAGUCUUGCUACAACGCCUCUUACAGCCAGUCAUAACCUUAGGAAUGGAGGUGGAGUUGGAGGUGGAGAUGGAAGCAGAGCAAAGCUUGGUGGUAGUAACAGAAACAGAUUAGAUGAAAUAUUUGAAGAACCAAUAAAUAUAAGCUCGAACUCAAAUAGUUUUGGGAUGGACGGUAGUGGUGGAAUAGGAGGCGGAUAUUUUAUUGAGACAAAGGAAAGUUUUAUAUUUACUUUUGAUGCAAAGAAACCAAAAAAAGGUAUAUUGAGUAGAGUUAGUAAUUCGGAUAAAGCAAUUUAUCAUCAUGAGAACACUGGUCCUAAUUUUCUGGAUUUAAAAAUGCGGGGACAUUCUGAGGACGAUGAAAAAUGCUACUAUCGACAAUUUGUCUAUGAUAAAAAUCUAAAAAUUAAAACCUCUAAAGAAAAUAAUUUUUCAAUUGAUGAAUAUGAAGUGUUCAGAGUCAUCACACUCUAA